AUGCCUCAUUCGACUACUCGUUGGCACACCACCACCCUCUCUACUACCCAAGAAAACAAUCUCGUUACCUCAUCUCGAAGGCCCAAUGGGUAUGAGGGUAUCCUAAACGGGGACAGCUCAUCUAGACUGGAACCAACUCGAAUUACCCAUACGCUCACUACUCAGUGUACCACCAAGACUACACAUCGCCGGAAAUCCCAUUCUCAUAGGGACAGAAAUCGAGAUAGAGAUCGAAUCCAUUCCCACCAUCAUCAUCACAGAGAGAAUACUCCUCGACCUUACCACCCCUCUUCUGAAAACGAAGGUAACAUCCCGAACCGAGGUGGCAGGAUCAUCACACCUGUCCCGAGAGGUCAAGGUCGCUCAGUCGAAGAGACCGAUCAGCAACUCGCUCAAGAUUCAUUGAUGCUGGAAAGUGCCAAUUGGAGUCUCGAAGAGAUCCAAGCUUAUAUCGAUAGAAUGGCGAUUGACGAAACCGAAACGAUCACUCGAGCUUGUCCUUCGCCAAUUCCAGACCAAGCGUUACUUCUCUCUCCUUCGUCAAACUCGUCUUCUUCCUCGACCUUAGUCCCCCAGCCAGCGGUGGAAGAAGCAGAUGGGAACGACCGAAGGGUUCGAUUCAACUUACCUGAAUCUAUAAACCCCAUGAGAUUAUUACAACCUCAUUUCAAGGAUCACCUCAUCGAUAACAAGGUGACCAUCUUUGGUCAUGUGGCGAUUCAUCCUGGACCUGAUGAGCUCUUUCAACGACCACAAGAAUCGGGUGCCAUUACUCCCGCACCCUUCGCUUCGAAGGAGGCUGAGAUCAAGGUCAAGAACAGGGAUAGAGGUAAAACGUAUUUUCCCAAAUUGAAUGGACUCAGACCUUUAACGAAGAUCAUCAACAACCAGAUCAUCAACAACCAUGAUAGUUCAAAAAGAAGAAUGGACAGAGUUACACAUCCAGAGGAUCUAACGAACUCUGAAGAAAGACUUCGAACUGAAAUCAAGAGGUUAAAUGAUCAUUCAACUCAAGAAGAAGGUAGAAAAUUCAUUUUGGAUAUAAUCGAAAAUAGAUUAUCCGAAAUCGAUUAUAGAAUCGAACACGAGUUGAACCAAGAUAAGAAAAGAAGGUAUAGGGAAUUGAAAUGGGAUUUGACAAAAUUGUUCAUGGAGGUUAGGGAUGCCCAACAAAGUUAG